CACGCGCAGCGUUCUCGUCAGUCGUCUCUGUCUCUCUCUCUCUCUCUCUCUCUCUCUCUCUCUCUCUCAAUUCCAACUCACUGUGACGAAAGCCAAAAGUCCAUAGACUAUUCCUUUCCACACGAAGCUCAAUCUCAGACGCAAAACCUGCUGUAAUAAUGUUAGGGUAUCUGGAUUCCUUGGAUUUCCAGAAGAAGCGAGUUCAAGCUCUGGUCUUUGUCGUUGGGAUCAUCGCCCUCAGCAUCACAGCUGAUAAAUGUAGGCAACUGGUGGGCGAAGAGGCUUCAUCAAAGAGUGGAAAGUUCACUGUUUUCAACUGUUUCGACGGGAAUUCAGGAACCCUAGCAUGCGUAGUGAAAGAGGGUGUGAAGCUCUACUUCUACAAUAUCAGAGCCGCUCAUGUUGAAGGAACAAGGCACAAAGCGAUUGAGAAAGCCCUGGUGGAUGCUUUGUCGCAGGGCCUGAGUCCUCAAGAUGCAGCCAAACUAGCCCAGAAAGAAGGGAUGAAAGCGGCCAAACUCGCAACCCGGAAAGCCAAACGCAUUAUCGGCCCCAUAAUCUCUUCUGGAUGGGAUUUUUUCGAAGCACUUUACUUUGGGGGUACUGUGACAGAAGGGUUCCUCAGAGGAACUGGGACCUUGUUUGGCACCUAUGCUGUAGGUUUCCUGGGGGAAAAAAAGUUUGGGAGAUUCGGGUAUUUGCUUGGGAGUGAAUUGGGCAGUUGGGUUGGAGGGAGGAUCGGGCUAAUGGCGUAUGAUGUUGUAAACGGAGUACAUUACUUGCUUCAGUUUGUCCAAACAGAGGAGAGUAAAGUUUCUGGGACUUCUUUUGGGAGUGUUGAGGUAGAGGAAACGAAAGCGUACGAGGCUCCUGCUUUUGAAAGUGCAGAAGCUUCAGAGGAUUCCUAUGCAUAUGAGACGCCAACAUAUAUGAGCUCUGAAGCUUCCGAUUCCGAUGACUCGAGUACUUAUGAAUCUCCUACUUUUGAGAGCUCUGAGGUACCUGAAGAAUUUUGACUUGGUUCUUGAGUUCAGUUCACUUUAUGAAAUUCUUGUGUAGAACUUGUGCUAGUUACAUGGACUAUUUCUCAUCCAAUACUUGUAUAGGAAAUUACGGGUGGUGGUCGAGGUUUUGUAUAUAGUCAGUUGUAUUUUAAGCGAAGGAAAUUGCAUUCUUGUCUUGACUGGAAACUAUAUUUUUCCCCUGUUGAAUGUACUUAGGGAUGGUUUGGCUUUAAUCAUCCGUUUGGA